AUGGCCCAGUUCUAUUACAAGAGAAGCAUCAAUGCUCCUUCCAGAGAUCGCAUCCCUCUCCGCAUUGUCCGAGCCGAGUCUGAGCUCUCACCUGCCGAGAAAGCCUAUUUGAAUGCUGUGGAGAAAGGCGAUUACGCCAGCGUGAAGCAAGCCCUAGAGGAAGCCGAAAUCUACUUCAAAAUCAAUAUCAAUUGCAUUGACCCCCUGGGAAGGACCGCCCUCCUAAUUGCCAUCGAGAAUGAGAACCUGGAGUUGAUAGAGCUCCUCUUGAGCUUCAAUGUGUACCUGGGGGAUGCUCUGCUUCACGCCAUUCGGAAGGAGGUGGUGGGGGCUGUCGAACUGCUCCUCAGUCAUAAGAGGCCCAGCGGGGAGAAACAGGUGCCACCCAUACUUCUGGAUAAACAGUUCUCAGAAUUCACACCAGACAUUACACCCAUUAUCCUUGCUGCUCAGACCAACAAUUAUGAGAUCAUCAAACUUUUAGUCCAAAAAGGCGUUUCUGUGCCCAGACCACAUGAAGUCCGCUGUAACUGUGUGGAGUGCGUCUCCAGCUCCGACGUGGACAGUCUACGCCAUUCCCGAUCCAGACUCAAUAUCUACCAGGCUCUUGCAAGCCCUUCUUUAAUCGCUCUGUCCAGCGAGGAUCCUUUUCUCACAGCUUUCCAACUCAGUUGGGAACUUCAGGAACUGAGCAAAGUGGAGAAUGAGUUUAAAUCGGAAUAUGAGACACUGUCCCAGCAAUGCAAGCAGUUUGCAAAAGACCUUUUGGAUCAGACACGGAGUUCCAGGGAGCUGGAAAUUAUUCUUAACUACCGAGACGAUAAUAGCAUAAUAGAAGAGCAGAGUGGGAACGAGCUGGCAAGAUUGAAACUGGCAAUUAAGUACCGCCAGAAAGAGUUCGUUGCCCAGCCCAACUGCCAACAGCUGCUCGCCUCUCGCUGGUAUGACGAGUUCCCUGGCUGGAGGAGGCGCCACUGGGCCGUGAAGAUGUUGACUUGCGUCAUCAUUGGGUUCCUCUUCCCCAUCUUCUCCGUCUGCUACUUGAUAGCCCCCAAGAGCCCACUGGGACUGUUCAUCAAGAAGCCUUUCAUCAAAUUCAUCUGCCACACGGCAUCCUACUUGACUUUCUUGUUCUUUCUGCUACUUGCCUCUCAGCACAUUGACAGAUCUGAUCUGAACAUGCAGGGGCCUCCGCCAACCAUCGUCGAGUGGAUGAUAUUACCGAUUUAUAUGGGGCGAAAUUAAACAAAUGUGGGAUGGUGGACUUCAGGAUUAUAUUCACGACUGGUGGAACCUGAUGGACUUUGUAAUGAAUUCUUUAUACCUGGCAACCAUUUCGUUGAAAAUUGUUGCUUAU